CUAGGUGGCUCACUAGGAAGAUAUGUUCAGAGAAAAUUAACAGCUUUGAAUUUGUGGGAGGAUGUUUUUCACAGUGUUAAAGAAAAUUUAAAGGCUGGCAUCUUGAUUUGUGAGCAGUGGGUGUCAGCUUGUGAGUACCUAACUGGACAGCUGUGGCAAUGUUAUACGCUACAUCCAUGGAAAAAUGAGAAGUAUUUCCCCAGAUUGCUAGCCAACCUUGGCAAACGUCUUGAGGAGGUGCUAACUGUUAGAACUCUGCAUGAAAAACUUACAUUCUUUUUACCAGCUGGAGAACAAAAUGCUUUAGAUCUCGCCCACGUGUUUGAACCCUUUGCUGGCCUAAAUCCUGUACAUUAUAAUCCUUACACAGAGCCAUUAUGGAAAGCAGCAGUCUCUCAGUAUGAACGAAUUAUUGCACCUCUGGAACAAAAAAUAGCAAUCAGAUUGAAGAGAUUUAUUUCAGAAAUUCAGGACAGUCCUCAGCAGCUUCUUCAAACAUUUCAGAAAUAUAAGGAACUGAUAAAGCAUCCAAAUAUAGGCAAAGAAUUGCUUUUUGAAAGGGAAACAUUGCUAGCAAGACUUCAAGAUUAUGUCAAAGACUAUCAGAGAGACUUUGAAACUCGAUGCCAUGGUGUUCCUGGUGAUGUUUCGGGACCACUGUCAGGCAAAAACCUUUCUGAAGUUGUCAAUAAUAUUGUAUGGGUACGGCAGCUGCAGCUGAAGGUGGAUGAUGCCAUCAAGCUGGCAGAGGCUCUUCUGUCUGACUUACCUGGAUUUCAAACAUUUCAUCGAAGUGCAGAUUCUUUUCUGGAACAGUUAAAAACAUAUGAGCAAGACCAAUUUGAUGAUUGGUCUAGGAAUAUCCAGUCAGAAUUAUCAAAUCCCAAGUCAGGACUUUGCAUCCAAGCUAAUAGUCCUGUAAUGGAGUUGGAUCACAGUUUUGGAACACUGAACAUACUUUACUCAGAUCAUUUGGUGACUCUCCUAAGAGAAGUCCGUCAGCUGUCAGCACUCGGCUUCGCUAUACCAGCUAAAAUACAGCGUGUCGCAAACACUGCGCAGAAGUUCUAUAAGCAGGCGGUCAUCCUCAAACAGGUGGCACAUUUUUAUAAUUCUAUUGAUCAACAAAUGAUUGAGAGUCAAAAGCCAAUGAUGUUACAAUCUGCUCUGGCAUUUGAACAGAUAAUUAAGCAUUCAAAAGCUGGUCCUGGGGGAAAAGCUCAAGUAACAUGGGAUAAUCCUAGAGAAUUGGAUGCUUAUAUCCAAAAACUCCAAGCUGCUGCUGAACGGCUUUCCACUGAAAAUAGAAAACUAAGAAAGUGGCACACAAACUUCAUUGAAAAGGUUAUAUCGCUCAUGAAUAUUGAUCUACUUCGGCAGCAGCAGCGUUGGAAAGAUGGACUCCAGGAGCUCAGAACUGGUUUUGCCAGCCUUGAGUCACAGGGUUUCAAAUCAUGUGAUAUGAAAGCUUGGAGACAGCACUGGAAUCACCAACUUUACAAAGCUCUGGAGCAUCAGUAUCAAAUGGGCUUAGAAGCACUCAAUGAGAAUUUACCAGAAAUAAAUGUUGAUCUAACAUUUAAGCAAGGCCGGUUGCAAUUCAGACCUCCUUUUGAAGAAGUACGAGCGAGAUAUUAUAGAGAAAUGAAGAGAUUCAUCUCCAUUCCGAAUCAGUUUAGGGGAGUAAGUGAAGCAGAGGCAGAGUCUAUAUUUACUGUUAUGACUGAAAGAAAUGCAAAUGGAUUUCUGACUGCAUUCGGUAAAGCAGAGGAUUUGUUCAGAAGACUGACAGAUGUUUCAAAUCAAUUCAAGGAUUGGAUCGUCAUUGGCCAAGUAGAUGUGGAAACUCUGGUGAUGACACAUCUUUCAAGCAAACAGGACUGGGAAAAGAAUUUCAAAGCAUUGAAAGUGAGAGGGAAAGAAGCAGAACGUCUUCCAAGCACGAUCAGGAUUGAUUGUUUAACUGUUAAUUGCAACCCUGUGAAAACUGUAAUUGAUGAUUUCAUCCAGAAGUUGUAUGAUGUUCUUGUCAUUUCUUUGAGAAAAUCUAUUCAAGCUCAUCUAGGUGAUGUUUCUUCAUUUCUCACUGAUGCCAUGGAAACAUUAGUGAUUAGGCCCCAGACUGUAGAGGAAAUAGCAGAGGACAAUUUAAAAUAUUUAAACCUACAUGAACAAAAGGGAGGGAUUUUUCUCCUGUUUCAAGAGGCUGAAGAUAAAAACAAACUGUUGCGAACUGUGGCAGGUGCAGGUUUGGACACUAUCAGUAACCUAAGAGCUACAUGGGAUAAAUUUGAAUUAAUGAUGGAAAGCCACCAGCUUAUGAUUGAAGAACAUAUUGAAAUGAUGAAAGGAAAUGUGAUUUCACAUAUUAAUAUAUAUCUUCAAGACCUGGAGAAGUUCAAAGCUCGUUGGGAUCAACUAAAGCCAAGUGAUGAUGUCAUUGAAACAGGUGAUCAGGAUGUCCUUGAGAAAAGUGCUCAGAUCAUAAAGGAAAAAAAAAGAGAAUUUGAUGAACUGGAAACCAUGAAAGAAAAACUUAUUGAAGAAUGCCAUCAUUUUAAAUUGGAAGAGCCUGACUUCUCACUGUCAAAAAUUGUAUGUCAAGAUAUUAAGAGCUGUGCAGAAGUGUGGGCAUUGUAUGAAGAGUUUUAUCAAGGUUUUCAGGAAAAAGCCAAAGAAGACUGGAUUACUUUCAGGAGUAAAACAUACCUGUUUGAAGAAUUUUUGUUUAACUGGCAUGACAAAAUGAGGAAAAUGGAAGAACAUACUGUAAUGACAGUAAAGUUGCAAAAAGAAGUGGACAAAUAUAAAAUGAUAAUUCCACUCCUAAAAUAUGUAAGAGGAGAACAUCUUUCUCCAGAUCACUGGCUGGAUCUCUUUCGUCUGCUGGGCCUUCCCAGAGGUACUACACUCGAGGGUUUGUUAUUUGGAGAUCUGCUAAAAGUGACGGAUGCAAUUAUAGAAAAAGCAACGGAACUUAAGGAUUUGAAUUGUCGUGCCCAAGGUGAAGUCACAAUCAGAGAAGCAUUACGUGAGCUUGAACUCUGGGGAGUUGGAGCUGUCUUUACAUUAACAGAUUAUGAAGAUAGCCAAGGCAAGACUAUCAGGCUUAUUAAAGACUGGAAGGACAUAGUCAACCAAGUUGGAGAUCAUCGCUGUCUUUUACAGUCCCUCAAGGACUCUCCGUAUUACAAAGGUUUUGAAGAUAAAGUGUCCAUCUGGGAAAAAAAGCUGGCUGAGUUGGAUGAGUAUCUGCAGAAUUUAAACCAAAUUCAAAGGAAAUGGGUCUAUUUGGAACCAAUAUUCGGUCGUGGAGCUCUUCCCAAAGAACAGGCUCGUUUUAACAGAGUUGAUGAAGACUUCAGGUUAGUGUUGUGGAAU